AGCGGAACCUUGCUUAAAAUAACACAAAGCAGAUUUAGGGGUAGAUUUCUUCCUGAAAUAGAUAAAUGUAUAUUGCAUGUUAUACGCAUUUUCCAGGGGGGGAAAUAUAAAAUUUAGACAGUGUCCCAGAUGUUGCACCAUUGUUGUCAAUUGCUUGCACGAGAUUUCCGUGCUGUGUCUGCGCAUGCCUGUUGUGUGUUUUCCUGUGGCCAGGUAUCAGACGAGGACCUUCUACAAUGAUUUGGAUAUCACUGAUCACAGCUGCAGUUCUCAUCGGAACAGUUGAUUCCGCCGGUUCCACCAAGCUCGCGGGAAACAUCACCAUUGUGGAGGGAAUGACGGGAGCCACAGGACCAAUGGGACAGACUGGACCCAGGGGAGUCUCUGGCCCGAGGGGUGAGAAAGGCGUGAAGGGGGAGAUAGGUGCAGCGGGUGUCAUCGGCCCGACUGGAACCCGAGGCGAGAUCGGUACAACAGGCGCAGCAGGGCCCCAGGGAGAUACUGGCCCCCAGGGAGACAUUGGGGCCACGGGUGUGGCUGGUCCUCCUGGGCCGGAAGGGGUAACUGGACCUAUUGGACAGCAAGGAAGUCGAGGAUUGAAAGGAGAUCCCGGCCCACGAGGCCCGAAAGGAGAUCCCGGUGAUAACGGAGACAAGGGGGAUCUUGGGGCGACGGGGGAGAAGGGAGAGCCAGGCCCCCAGGGAGUGAAGGGGGAUACAGGGCCAGUCGGCUACAUGGGUGCAACAGGGGUGACGGGAGCGGCAGGGCAGACUGGUGCUGCAGGAUCGGUGGGACAUAGAGGAGAGACGGGUCCAAGGGGUGAGGUGGGCAUGACAGGCCCUCAAGGACCAGUAUUCACAGAUGUGAAUGAAUGUGUUACGUUCGACCAUGGUUGCUCACAGAUCUGCGUGAACACAAUACAAGGAUAUCACUGCUCGUGCAACACCGGAUACGAGCUGCUCAUCUCCGACAACAAGACAUGUUCAGAUGUGGAUGAGUGUGAGGUGCGGAAUGGCGGCUGCCAACACACUUGUUCAAACUCGGACGGCAUGUACGAAUGUGUCUGUGAUGUUGGCUACAGACUGGGGCCGGACAUGCGCUCGUAUAUAGACAUAGACGAGUGUAAGGAGCGGCAUGGUGGAUGUACUAACUUACAACACUGUAUCAACAUGCCGGGUGGCAACCAGUGCGUCAGUAGGGAGGUGGGAAGGGCAGCUGCCAAGGCAUCAGCCUCCACCCAAGCAGUAUGUGAAAAGUACGAGGGGAUUUUAAGCCGGUCAACAGUUAUUGGACUCAUCGUUUGGCUUAUCUUCCUCAGUCUUCUGCUAUUCCUCAUUCUAGCUUGCCUUUUCGCAAGAAAGGGGCGACGCAGUCGGGACGAGAGGCGUUAUAACGAGGGAACCUGGGAGACAAAGUCUCACAGAAGUGCCUACUCAAACAGAGGGCCUGAAGUCAAUUAUUAUUAAGCCUUAUAUAACAAUAAGGUAUAAAUAGUAGGACUCGAGUGUUGUGACAUGUACAUAAUAACAUAUCAUAGUUAUACAUAAAACUAUUUAUAUUUU